AUGUCGUAUUCACUUCGAUUUUGUCUUCGUCCAUCGAUUAUUAAACAAAUACGACCUUCAUUUUCAUUGAUACGUUGGAAUUCAACAACGACACCGGCUGAGGCAACACCACGUAAAAUAACAACACAUUAUACAAUUUAUCCAAGAGACAAGGACGAACGAUGGAAAGAUAUCAAUAUGGAACGUUAUGCAGAAGAAUACGAUGUAGUUAUUGUUGGUGGUGGACCAUAUAUCCUUUUCUUUGUUUCUGUACCUGGUCUUUCAGCUGCAAUUAAAUUGAGACAAUUAUCUAGUCAACAAAAUAAAGAAAUACGAGUGUGUGUUGUUGAAAAAGGUUCAACUAUUGGUGCUCAUACAUUAUCUGGUGCUUGUAUUGAACUACGAGCACUUAAUGAAUUAAUACCAGAUUGGAAAGAGAAAGGUGCUCCAUUGACUAAUACAGUCACUAAAGAUCGUUUUUAUUUUCUUACUAAAAAUUCGGCAAUACCUAUUCCAAUCUUCAAAGGAGUUCCAAUGUAUAAUCAUGGUAAUUAUCUUGUUCGUUUGGGUAAAUUAACUGCAUGGCUUGGUGAACAAGCUGAAGCAGCUGGUGUAGAAAUGUAUCCAGCAACAGCAGCUAGCGAAAUUUUAUAUCAUGAUGAUGGUAGUGUUAAAGGUAUAGCAACAAAUGAUGUUGGUAUUGCUAAAGAUGGUUCACCUAAAGAUUCAUUUGCACGUGGUAUGGAAUUACAUGCUAAAUAUACGAUUUUUGCUGAAGGAUGUCAUGGUCAUUUGGCUAAACAACUUUAUAAAAAAUUUGAUUUAAGAAAAAAUUGUACACCACAAAGUUAUGGUAUUGGUUUAAAAGAAAUAUGGGAAGUUGAUAAAAGUAAACAUGAGCCAGGUCUUGUUUUACACACAGCUGGAUGGCCAUUGGAUGCGAAUACAUAUGGUGGUUCAUUUAUGUAUCAUGUAUUAGAUAAUGAUCAACCAUUAAUUCUUGUUGGAUAUGUUGUUGGUCUCGAUUAUAAAAAUCCAUAUUUAAAUCCUUACCAAGAAUUUCAACGUUUUAAAACUCAUCCAAAAAUUCGACCAAUAUUUGAAAAUGGUAAACGUAUUGCUUAUGGAGCUCGUGCUUUAAAUGAAGUUGGAUGUAGUCCAGGAUUUUUAAAUGUACCAAAAAUAAAAGGUACACAUACAGCAAUGAAAUCUGGUAUGCUAGCUGCUGAAACUAUUUUUGAUUUAUUAAUAAAAUCAACAGAUGAAAAUAAAACAAAAGGUAUAGAACCAAGUGAUUAUGAUAAUCGUAUUAAAAAUAGUUGGAUAUGGAAAGAAUUAUAUAGUGUACGUAAUUUUCGUCCAGCAUUUAAUACAUCAUUAGGUAUAUUUGGUGGAUUACUUUAUGGAGCUCUUCAUUUUGUAUUACGUGGUAAAGAACCAUUUACACUUAAACAUGAAGAACCAGAUCAUUCUCGUUUAAAAAAAGCUAAAGAUUGUCAAGCAAUUGAAUAUCCUAAACCUGAUAAUGUUGUUACAUUUGAUCUUUUAUCAAGUGUUGCAUUAACAAAUACAAAUCACGAUCAUGAUGAACCACCACAUUUAACACUUAAAGAUGAUAGUAUUCCAACAAAUAUUAAUUUACCUAUGUAUGAUGGACCUGAACAACGUUAUUGUCCUGCAGGUGUUUAUGAAUUUGUUGAAAAUGAUUCUGGUCAACGACAAUUACAAAUAAAUGCACAAAAUUGUAUUCAUUGUAAAACAUGUGAUAUAAAAGAUCCAACACAAAAUAUUAAUUGGGUUACACCACAAGGUGGAGAAGGUCCAGCUUAUAAUGGAAUGUGA